GUGGAGCAUUGCACAGGACGGUUUAACCUCCGUUCGCUCCCGACAGAAUCCCUUGCUUUUGUCCUCAAAAGUUUGAUAUCGGUUUCCACUGUGUGGAUUUAGUGUUUUUAGUGUUCAGUGCAUGUUUUAAAGUGAUAAUCGUCGUCGGCCCCGUCGUUUUUCCCCGUUCACGCCGGUAUGGAGGCCGGAUGGGCCCGGAUGGUCCGCGGUGGAAGCGGGGGGAAGCCGAUUUUUUAUUGGUAUCGGUCAGAAUCUUUUUUUGCUAGCUGAGCAAAUUAUUGGUUAUUUUUCUUCUUUGUACGUGGUGGUCGUUGACCAGAAGCGAAGAUCCUCGACGGAAGUCGGCAAUGGGCGAAUGAUCCUAGCAGUCGAGCCCAACAUUUUUUUGUGAAACGCAUACUUGAACUUGAACUUGAUGCAUGUAACUUCUUUUUUUCUUUUACUUCUAUUGGCCACGACAUACAUGAACAUGAAAAGUAACUAUGCACCUUUGCUUAGCACAUGUCCUUGGUUAUGGUACCGGUCAUUUAUGUCUUUGACGCGAUUGCACUAGUAAACUUUAUAUUUAUGCUAUGCAGGAAUCCGUCCAAGAAUUUGCUUUAUUACGUAACUGACCAAUCGCAAUUAUCUGUCAUCUUCGAAUCGGGGUUGCCACAGCUCGUUCGAUUGAGGGAUGUGGGCAAUUUUGUUACUUGUUUUUUCUCUCGCUCUGGCAACAGUUACCAAUAGAAAUCAGCUGUUCUAGACGUUUAAAGUUUGAAGUCGAUUAUUAAAGAAAAUAUUUAAAGCAUGGUUUAUGAUUUAAAGGAAUUUAUAUUUUUUCGUCAUGGAAAUCUUUGUACCUGUAGAAAAGAUGCUUAAGAUGACCUAUCUAGAACAGUAUGCACAACAUAUAAUAAAUUACAGUUCAAGAUAUAACAGUUCCAAUAGUUAUUCCUACGCGCCUAUUAAUUUGGUUGGCAAAUAUGCUAAAUAUCCUUCUUAUGGUGAUUUUCCAGAAGCUUAUUUUUUGAGAUCUUAUGGCUUUUGGUGGAAGGAAAGCAAUGCCAGGCUAGAAGACUAUAGGACCCAAGAUUUUGAUUUGUUAGGUGCUGAAGAUUUUGUUACUUUGGAGUUUGGUAGUGUUGUCAUUCCAAGAGAUAUAUGUAUUUAUGAAAUUUAUAAUCCAGGCGCUAUUAUUAGAAUAUGGGGUUGUAUAAAAGGGGAGAAAAGAUGGUAUUUGCUCUGGGAAGGGUUCCCACAAAAGUGUAUGCCAAGGUCUAGAAAGUUUUGCCCGCCCCUUAGAAAAAUUAAUUGUCUGAUUGAUGUAGUUCGAUUGGAGUUCAACCAGAGCCAUUUGGAGUACCACACUUCUAUCGAUGCGGUGUUGCUGGGUGGUUACCAGCCAGACACAGAACUGCAGUAUUGCAUGAUUAAAAAGGGUUUAGUAGAAAUAAAAAAUGAAAAAACAAUAAAAUGCCACACUGUUAGUGAUAUAGAACAUAAAAAUUGUAAUAUUAAGCCCUUAAAAAUUGACUAUUUUUCAAAUCUACCGCAUGAAAUUGUACUACAUAUUUUUCAUUAUUUGGAUUUAAAAUCAUUAAGUAGAUGUGCUCAAGUUAAUAGAAAGUGGAAUCAGAUUUCGGGUGAUCAAAGCUUAUAUCAAAAUAUUAGCUUCAAGAUUUAUUGGUAUCUUGUUGAUGACGGCACAUUGAAGCAUUUUACUGACACAUGCACUAACAUCCGAAAAUUGGAUCUCUCUUGGUGUAACACCAAUCAGCUAUUUCACCACAAAUUAAACCAUGAAUACCAAAAAUCACUUAAAAGACUAUUAAGUAAAAAUCAAACCACCCUUUCUCAUCUCAAUUUAAAUGAUAAUUAUUUUGUGGACAACGAACUGAUGUAUACCAUAUCGGAAUGUUCAGAACUAAUUGAUUUACGAUUGCAUCAUACUCAUAGAUGGUCGACAGCUCCACUUGAGGAUCUUCAUAAAUUAGUAACAUUAGAUUUAAGCUUGACUCAGAUCCACGAUAGCGACCUAAUUAAAAUUAUCAAAGCGAACCCAAACUUGGAAAAUCUUAUUUUAGAUCUUUGUGAACAUUUAGUUCAAUUGGAUCACGUGAUCGAGGUUGUAGUUAAAUACGCCAAAAAUCUUAAAACCUGGAGUUCUUGGAAAACUGUAUCAUUUACAAGCGAAGGUUUGAAGAAUUUCCAAUACCUGAGCAAUCUGGAGGAAUUGGAUCUUGGAUGGUGUUUAAUAAGUAGCGAUCCGGGAAAUUGUCUAUUGGAAAUUGCCAGUGGAUGUAAAAAGUUGCGGCGUUUGGUACUAUCGGAAUGGAGAGGAGCAAGUGACCAAUUGAUAAUGCCAGUAAUCCUAUCCUGUAAAGAAUUGUCUCAAUUGGAUUUAUUGGGUAUAAAAAAUAUAACAUCUGAACUCUGCGAAAAGAUUUUAUUGUUGCUUCCAAAGUUGAGGCUGCUUGACAUUAGUUUCUGUGACACAGUAAGACAUGACGAGGUUCAAAUAUGGAGGCAACAAUACCCCCACAUCACUAUUCAAAGAAGCUGCCAGUUUGUAGUUACUGAUUAUUUGACUUAAGGUAUUUGUUUGGUACAUUGAAAUAUAUCAUAUUUUUGCAAGUU